AUGGCAACAGAUCCUGAGCUCGACCGCGGCUACUCGCUCGUUCAGAGAUCACGCCAGAGGAUUAUGUUCAAUUUGGAAAGGUCUUUAUCCUCUGGAGAGUACUCCGACCUGAAGAUCGUCUGCAAAUCAGAGACUUUCGACGUUCACAAGAUGAUUGUGUGCCCUCAAUCGGAAUUCUUCUCGAAGAAAUGCAAGGCGACUACGAGCCGUUUCUCUCGCCCCCCCAUACUUGUAGCAGUUCCGGAUGCAAUGCAAGGGACUGCAGUCAUCAUGUCUGCGGCCUUCACUGUCAUGGAGGAUGUUCAGGCUUUGUUUGUGAAAGAUGCCUCCAAUUCUUUCAUGAUUCAGCCGAACAACUAA